AUGACCAUCCCGAUGGGAGGAGGAAGAUCCAUUCCACUGCGAACGGCAGUGGGAAUGCAAAUGCAAAUGCAAGUGGCGAAUGGAAAUGCGAAUCUGCCACUGAGACUCCGGCGCGCCAUGAUGUCAGCGCCCACAUCUCGAUUCCGUAAUCUUCAAUACCAGGAGCACCACCUCGUCCAGUUGGGAGCAAACAUUCUCAGCCGGCGGCAAUGGUGCCUGUGUCUGCUGAUCAUCAUGUCGACGCUUUGCAGUGCCGUGACUGUGACCUCAGGCACGUCUGGGAACAGUCGCCGUCGUUCGGGAGGUUCAGGAGCGGUGUCCUCCUUGGAAGACACUGGAGAGAAGGCCUUUCCCGAUCAACUGGCUCUGGCAGCUAGUCGUAGGGGCUCCGACGAUCGUGGUUACUCCAGGCGGGGAUCGGUUAUACAAAGCAGAUCAAAGGAGGCGCCCAGCAAAGAUUACAGCUUUGGCCAGGUGGAAUUAAAUCUCGUUCGCCCAGAGCACGAAUCGCAUCCGAAGCUCAUACUGAGCACCACAACUGCAGCAUCCGGAUCUGGAGCGUCUGUCAACCUAGAGGACUCCAAAUCGGCAGCCGAGUAUGUGGCCAAUGCCAUCAAGUUGGCCUACAAACAGCCACCGACUCAGCUGCGAGGUCAAAGCCAAAAUCAGAACCCUAACAACAACCACAUCCAGGCGCAGAAGGAACAGCAACCUUCCACCCAGAGAAGUUACCAGGAACAGAGAAGGGACAGAGAGAUCCUGGAGAUGCAAUUGCAGAAGGAACUGCAACAGCAGGCCCUGCUCCUGUCCUCGGGACCCUCGUCGCCAUCCUCGUCUGGAUCGUCGUCCUCCUCUUCCCCGUCUUCUCCCGCCUUAGCACCUGCGCCAGUCUACGAAAAGGAACCCGUGACCCGGAGCUAUGAGCUCUAUGAACACUCAACCGAGGCCGAGUCCCAUGUCCAGGCCCAAGAGCAAGACAUCGAACGCCACUAUCGCCCCAAGUACAGCAAUAACUACAACAACAACUACGCCCCCUAUCAACCGCCGCAAAUUUACAGAAAUCUCGAGGCCGAGGCCGAGGAAAAAGUCAGGGUCUCUGCCUCCACGGAAAUUCCCAAAUCGGAGAUAAUGAAACAGAUUGAAAAGUCCGUGAUCAAGUACAUGAAGGAACUAGAGGCCGAAGGUAAAAUCAUAAGUACGCCCCAAGAGACGGCCACGCCCCCACCACCACCGCCGCCUCCGUCGAUCACCAAGACCUACUACAAGUCGCAGACACUCUCAUCUGGUCUCCAUUCCGGUUCCAUUCCAUCGUCGCACUCGCACUCGGAGGAGAAGCGCUACAGCAGCAGUACAGUAAGGCCCAAGUAUACGGUCCCACCAACGACAAAACAACAACAACAACAACAGUUGCACCACCACCAGCAGCAGGUGCUCCAUCCACAGCACCACAGCCACCAAAUAGCCGGAAAACUGAGGGGCUCUUCAUUGGCAAUAACGAACUCAAAGCCCAUUCAGCACUUUCAGUCCGAAACGGAAACGGCAUAUCAGGCACCCGAUUUGCCCGUCGACGAACUGAGUCCGAAUGUGGAGUUUAUUUACAAGAUCAAGACCCGAGCUCCCCUACAAACGGCCACGGUGAAGACGGUUUCGAAGCCCUACACUUUGCCUCUGAAAAGUGCCGAGCACUUUGACCACGGUGCGGCCCUCAAGAACAUCGAAGAAUUCGAUCUAUCCCACGUAGUUCCCACUCCAGAUCGAGUGGAACGCGAGCGGGAGAGGGAAAGGGACAGGGACAGGGAGAGGGAAAGGGAGAGGGAGCGUGAUUCUCGGGAAGAUCAGGAGAGGCUUACAAACUCUGGCAAGCCGCACAAGUUGUAUUUCAAUUCGGAAAUCUAUCAUGACAUCAAUGCCUUGCCCUACAAAAGUAAAGAGGCAGCUCUGCAGGAAUAUCGACACAAGCUCAAGGCUUCCGGGUCGUCCGGGGAACUGCAUCCAGACUACAAGGGCUACUCCUCCUCCGGUUACUUUGCCGAGCCGGAGGCAGAGGGGGAGAAUGAAUCAAAACUAAUCCUCAACGAAGAAGGCUAUCCCUAUCAUUAUGUGCUGAAGAAGGAAACCCUGCUGGAUGAUCAUGACUCCUGGUUGUCCCACGCACACGGCCACGCCCACCAGCACGCCCAUGGCCACGCCCACUCGCACAGCAACAGCAACAAGCACCCGAGUCUCGAAUACGACAGCUACAGUCCGAAGUUCAACAACAAUCCCGAGGGCUACGGCUAUCAGCACACGUACAAGGUCAGAGGUCAACCAGGAGGCGGCGCUGGGUCGGGGGGCGUGGCUGGAAUAGGCAAUAACACGGGGGCCGGAGCUGGAAAGCGCGGCAAGCGGGGGGGCGUCGCUCAUCCCAGACAAGAGGCGAUUAAGAAGCAACUGCGCUCAUCGGAGGUCAAGGACUUGGAAGCCAGUUUGGCUCUGAGGCCACCGCCCAAAUAGUAAGCCCCAUCCCUCGAUUAAUCAAUCGAAUAAGCCGCAAAACUCCACCACCACCCUCAUAGCUUAUUUUAUGCCAGAAUUUCGAGCAUGCUUUAUUGUAUAUGCUAUUGUCUUUUUUUUGUAGAAUCUAAGUGUAAGUACCAUUUAUUUAUUGUAUGGACAACUGCUGAAGGGGUAGCCAACUAAAACAGACGAUAACAAAUUACGCCAAUAAACAAAUUAAUGAAAUAACU